CAGGGGCGUACUGACAACUCAUGGGGCCCCCCGGCAAUAGGGGAUCAUGGGGCCCCUGUGUCCUUGCCCAAACUCAAAAAAGCCUAUGAAAAAGGUACUAGGGGCAUGUCAUGGGGCCCCAUACUGACCCCGGGCCCUCGGGCAGUGCCCGAGUUUCCAAAUGGUCAGUCCGCCCCUGAUUGGUGGACCGCACAAUAUUUAUCCCGUAUUACACCACUGGAAGAUAUAUUAGAAUCACGGAUUACUUAAAGACAUUCGCACUGUCACUUUUCAAUUGAUGUUGGACUAAUACUUUAUUUCAUUUUAUUUU